AUGAAGUCGGAAACUACGCCCAACCCGGCAUCGAACCCUCCAAGCCAAGGCUCCGCGAACGACCCAGGUGUCGCCGGGCGCGAUAAGGACGUAUGUCACGAGCGUCACUCGGAGGGCCACGCAUGUUCCAAGCGCCACACCGAGCAGUACGACGCGUUCUUCGAGACAACGGACGAGGGCUUCAUCCCUUCCAGGGAAAUCGCGCCCAUCUCGGAAUUCUACCCGAGCACAGUACAGCGAGAGUUUACCACAGUGGAAACGGCGGCGCCUGCCCUGGUCUCCGACCUUCUGAACGUGAGCGUAGCCCCCUGCGAAGACUUCUACUCCCACGUGUGUGGAUCUUGGAGUUCCGAUCCCAACAAGCUCAGCGUGUCAGAUGCAGCCCUGGCAGCUUACCAGGGCAGCCUAAGUCGACAAGCCUUGCUUCAGUCGGUACCUCCGACAGGUCAAACGCGCGAGCAAAAGGCGACCAAGAUGUUUGCGGCUUGCUACAAUGUCGUCGACCAGAACGUUAGCUAUGUGGAGUCAAUACGAAGAGUGAUGGAAGACGCGGGCCUACCGUGGCCUCAUGUCGAUUCCCGCACAGACCUCUUGCAUUCGAUAUUCGCCAUGUCAACUUGGCCCAUUCCAGUUCUUUUUCGGAUUGCCUUCACACGCAUAGCUAACGAAGGCAGCCACCUGGUAAUCAGGUCUAUAACACUUGGCGUUUUCGCAGACCACAUAUGGAGGAACAAGGACGCGCGGCAGAGGGAAGACUACUUUUCCGUCUUGAAGAAAUACUUUGAGAAUGGAAAGUACAGAAGGAGCAUCACCUAUAACGAGACCACGUCUCUGGAAAAGAGCGUGAUUCCAGUGCUUGGAAAGACCCUUGUCGGAAGACUUCAAGUCCUUCAAACCCACACAAGCCAACUGAACAUUACGGCGCCCUCCAUUCCACUGGAAGCGUGGCAACGAGAGCUGAGAAGUCGAUUCAACACCUCUGCCGCUAAUGUAACAAUCUACGGAAUCCGCUUCUUCGAAGCCUUCUUCGAGUUGCACAGGACGCUCGGUGAACGUGCGCUGAAACAGUACUUCGGGUGGUUUGUAGUGGAAGCUUUCUUGCCCUACACAAAUUCUCACAUUCUUCGCGAGUUUCACGGGAGUGAAGACAAAGCGAUAGACGAGCAGAUGAAAUUCUGUCUCGGCUUUGCUGGUGUCACCGGUUACGCCCUCGACGCGAACUACUUGAAGAGCACCACCGAUGCGAAAGUGCUUGACCGGGCGACUCAAGCGGGAGCAAGAAUCAAGGAUGCCUUCUACGACACGGUCAAGCGGAACACUUGGUUCGAGGAGCGCCUCAUCACUUCGCUGGAUGUGGACCGCGCCGAGGUGUUACUUGGCAUGCUAGGCAAGUCCGAUGAGAACAAGUGGCUGCCUGACAUGACCGACGACGCGAUCAAAAACCUGGCGACGUUGUCAUCGCUAGGGUCAGGUACGUCCGAGAACGGCUCCUCUUCACUCUCACCAAGCGUGGUCAUCGCCCUGCCCGAGGAGGGUCCCCCGGAAGAUGACGCGAAUCCGCCGCUGGCGCUGGCGCCGUAUCAUUUCUCCUUUCCGUUCCUCACGGUGGACGCGCCCGCACCCGCCGUCUAUGCUGGACUCGGUUUCGUACUAGCAAGGCUCCUGUUCCAGGAUCUGUUUGCUGGCCAGCAGCGCUGGAAGAACGCGACGCUGGACAAACUGCAUGAGCGCGUGGAGUGUGUCUACACUGCCGACGAGACGGCUGCCAUGAGCCGAGCCACCAGGGACGAGGUUGUCUUGGCGACGGCGGCCGUUAGCACUUUGUGGCGCGCAUUCCUGGCUGCUACUACGGUGCCAGAGUCGAAUGUUUCCGCUCCAGCGGGGGCGAUGUCGCCACCCUCUGGUGCCGGUGGCAUCGCCGCGAACCUGCUGGCGGCGCGGGGUCCGCUUGCCGCCGCUCAAGCGCGCACCCAGCUUUACCAGAUGCGCAAGAAGUGGCGCAAGGAAGGCUACUCGGUCGUCGGCACCAUAUCCUUCGCCGUGCUCAUCGUGGCCUUCAUACUGCUGUUGGUCAUGCUCACCCGGAUGUUCAGAAGCAAGCGAACCGCUCACGCCGGCUGUAACAACGAUCCAAUGUGA